CCAUUUGGUAGUUUGGGUGAAUCAAAAAACUAAGUAUUGAACCCAAAACCAAAUUCUAAUUUCUUCUCUGUUCUCACAAAAUAUUCAUCAUAUUCCUCCUCACUAACGGACCGGCACAGGCACAUUUCAGACCCGGAUCCAGACCCAGACCCGGAGUCGAUCCACCGGCAGCAACCACUCCAUCCGUCCCAUUUCGGUCUUGCAUGAAAAUCCAUAUUGGUUGGUGAAGGAAGACAUAGAUAAGAGAUGUAUCGAUCCCUGGGAUGAUAUUGAAAGGAAAGAGUUAGGAAAAGCCGUGAGAGAUGGGAAGCAAAAAGGAAAGAAAGGUGAUUAUUAUUGACACGAAUAGUCAGCCAUGGUGGUGGUUGCUGAACAAGGGUUUGGGUGCCUCAUUUUUGUGCAUCUCUUUGUUUGCGUUAUUAGUUAGACUCACUGUUUCACUUCACCCUUACUCUGGUGCUGGAAAUCCCCCCAAGUUUGGUGAUUUUGAAGCCCAGAGGCAUUGGAUGGAGAUCACUAUUAAUCUUCCUGUUAAGGAGUGGUAUCGUAAUAGCACUGCCAAUGAUCUGAGUUACUGGGGCCUCGAUUAUCCUCCAUUGACCGGCUAUCAGAGCUAUGUUCAUGGCAUUAUCUUGAAGUCGCUCCUUCCGGAAUCUGUUUCCCUGUUCACUUCCCAUGGUUACGAGUCUUAUCUUGGAAAGCUGCUGCUGAGAUGGACAGUAUUGUCUUCUGAUAUACUGGUGUUCCUUCCAGCUGUUUUUUACUUUAUUCAAGCAUAUCUUACUAACCGUCCGCACAAGCAGCAGAGUGAUGUAGCUUGGCUUAUGGCACUAAUUUUACUGAAUCCAUGUCUCAUUGUUAUAGACCAUGGCCAUUUCCAGUUCAAUUGUAUCAGCUUGGGUCUCACUAUUGGAGCUGUUGCUGCUAUAUUUUCCAAUCGAGAGCUGGUAGCUAGUGCUUUGUUUACUCUUGCUUUGAGCCAUAAGCAGAUGAGUGCAUAUUUUGCUCCAGCAUUUUUCAGCCAUCUCCUUGGUAGAUGUUUGAGGCGUCGCAACCCAUUUGUUGAAGUGUCGAAAUUGGCUUUGGUUGUCAUGGGAACAUUUGCUAUAGUCUGGUGGCCUUAUCUGCAAUCAAAAGAAGCCUUAUUAGAGGUUCUGGCCCGUCUUGCUCCCUUCGAGAGAGGAAUUUAUGAGGAUUACGUUGCCAACUUUUGGUGCACAACAUCAGUUCUUAUUAAGUGGAAGAAACUGUUCGAUACACAGUCAUUGAAGCUGCUUAGCUUGGUGGCCACCGUGUCUACUUGUUUACCGUCAAUGGUUCAGCAGAUUAAGUAUCCAAGCAACAAAGGGUUCCUCUUUGCCUUGAUUAAUAGCUCUCUAUCUUUUUACUUCUUUUCAUUUCAAGUUCACGAGAAGUCAAUUUUACUUCCUCUUUUGCCUGCAAGCCUAUUGGCUCUCGAAGAAACUCAUGUUUACAAAUGGCUUACACACUUUGGCUUAGUCUCGAUGUUUCCACUCCUAUGUCGUGACCAACUUGUCUUGGCGUAUAUCGCACUCUUCGUUCUCUUCUAUGCUAUCUACUUUGCACCAAAUUCAAAAAACUCGAGGAAGAUCAGAUAUACGACGUUGCCAUUGAUGAUCAAGACGCUUGUUAUAAUACUCUCGUUCAUACUCCACAUAGUUUACUUGACGAUGAGUCCUCCGAAAAGGUACCCAUUCCUUUUUGAAGCUAUUAUUAUGAUCCUUUGUUUCUCUCAGUUUGUUUGGGUCGCUAUUUAUACGAAUACAAAGCAAUGGAUGCUGCAUAAAUCAUCUACUUCCAUAGAAAAGGAAAAGAAGUAUCUUUAGUUGUGUAGUAAUCGAUUCUCGUUUAUAAUUUACUUGUAAGUUUAUGUUUGAACCCUAAUGAAAUUGCUGAUUUUGAGUAUUGUGAAUUCAUUAUCUUUUUCUUAAUUGUAUCGAUGAUAUCCCGACUAAUCAUCUCACUUAUAAUGGAUAGUGUUACUAUUUCACAAACAUCUAAGGAAAUUUGUCCUUUC